UAUAAUGCUCAUAUUAGGCAUUAUUUCAGGGAUAACUAUACUUUACAAAUCAAUCCCCAUUCUGCUGCCUGUAAUCCAGAUCACCUCUCUUAUUUCUAUUUCAUUGGAAAAGUUAUGGGCAUGGCUAUUUAUCAUGGAAAAUUAUUAGACGCAUUUUUCAUUCGGCCAUUCUAUAAAAUGAUGCUCGGCAAGAAAAUCACACUUUUUGACAUGGAGUCUGUCGAUAAUGCCUAUUAUAACUCGCUGAUCUAUAUUAAAGACAACGAUCCUGAAGACCUCGAGCUCACCUUCGCCGUCGACGAUUGCGUAUUCGGCGAAGUAAGUGUAGGGUUUCUCGAUUGCAAGGGGACAAUGAGUAGGUGUUAA